CAGGGCCGCGCUGGGCUCCAAGGAGGCUGGAGAGGAGGGAACAGCCAGGUCACCCCGUGAUGAUGGGGAUCGGGGCCAGGAGAUGGGAGAUGGUGAUGAUGGUGGCACAGCCCCUCAGGUGUCACUGGAACCAGGGCCUGUGGCAGCAGCUGGCGAGAGGUUGUUGUCCAGCAGCUCCAACCAAGGGGACGAUGCAGAGCCGGGAGCUGAGGCCCGAGAGGAAGAAGAGGAAGAGGAGGAGGAUGAAGACUUUGCCAAGGGUGAUGACCUGACCUACAUGGAUGACCUGCGUGAUGAGAACUAUCACCCAUCCCUGGACAGCGAGUCAGAGCCACAGCGACGCCAGGGCCAGCCCAGGGCUCGCAGGAAGCCCAUCAAGGAGGAGCAGCCCCUGCCCAGACCUGGACCCUUGGAGGAGAAAAGUGGACGGGUCAGGCAGCCACGGGCGAGUGACAAGGACGUGGCUCAGAUCGGCCCCAAGAGGAUCAGGAAGGCAGCAAAGCGCGAGAUCCUCCUGUGUGACUUUGAAGGCUGUGGAAAAAUCUUCUCCAACCGCCAGUACCUGAAUCAUCACCAGAAGUACCAGCACGUGCACCAGAAAACCUUCACCUGCUCUGAGCCCACCUGUGGGAAAUCCUUCAACUUCAAGAAACACCUGAAGGAACACGAGAAGCUGCACAGUGACAAGCGGGAUUACAUCUGUGAGUUCUGCGCACGUUCCUUCCGCACCAGCAGCAAUUUGAUCAUCCACCGACGGAUCCACACCGGGGAGAAGCCCCUCCAGUGCGAGAUCUGCGGCUUCACCUGCCGCCAGAAAGCCUCCCUGAACUGGCACAUGAAGAAACAUGACGCCGACUCCUUCUACCAAUUCCCCUGCGACGUUUGUGGCAAGAGGUUUGAGAAACGGGACAACGUCACCGCCCACAAGAGCAAGAGCCACCCCGGGGGGCUCCCCCAGCCCGAGGGGACCCAGCAGCAGCCCCCGGAGCCCCCCGGGCCCGUGGAGGCCCUGGAGCUGCUGGGGGCUGUGCUGGGGACUGGGGGGGACACAGGGAGGGCCCCACUGGAGUUUGGGGUGGGGGGUGUUGGGGGGGGAUCCACCCCAAGGGCAGGGGAGGGGUGAGGGGGAGUCCUAGAGGGCUCAUCCCCCCCCCCCCAGUUUGGGGGCUGGAGCAAAAUCUGGGAUGAUGCUGGACCCUCCAGGUGCCAAAAAUACAUGGGACAGGCAAAAUCCCAGUUUUUCAGCCAAAUCCUAGAUGAAAUCCCAGUUUUCCAGCCAAAUCCUAGACGAAAUCCCAAGUUUUCAGCCAAAUCCCUUUUUUUUUGCCAAAUCCCAGUUUCCCUCGAGCCCAGCAUUAUUGCCAAAAGUGGAUCCUCAAUAAAGACUUAUUUUGGGUAAAAGUGGGAUUUGGUGCCAUAUUUUUAUGGAAAAAAAAGAUAGAAAAAUUUGGGCGAUUUGGACACAGGCAAAUGGGUUGGAGAGAGGGUGGAGACACCAAAAACCCAGGAACUGGGGACCCAAACUGGGAUGAGAGGGAGAUCCCAGUGAGUCUGUGCCCCCAAACUGGGAUGGGUGGGAGCAGACAUUUGAGCUGUGCCCCCAAACUGGGAUGAGAGGUAAGGCCCAGUGGGGUGUGCCCCAAAACUGGGAGCUCCCAGUGCUUCAAACUUCUCCUUUAAACUUUUAUUUAAAAACUCUGAUUUAAACCAGAAUUUGGACUUACAGAUACUUGGAAGCUCCAAGUUGGGACCAUUUAGUGAAUUGCAAGUGCCCCCAAAACCCGUCAGUACUCCACCCCAGCAGGCUGGGGACAAGGACAUCUCUAUGUCUCCAUCCCCUCCCAAGCAGGAGCAGCUUCUCCUCCUCUCUCCCAGCACCAAAAACCCCCAAGUUAUCAUGUUUUAGGGUUGUUUUUUUGUUUUGCACAGCAACUUUUAUUUCCCCACUAACAGUGACAGGGCAAAGGACACGAACAGCAGCACUGGGAAGGGCACGAGGGGAGCGGGUAAGAUCACACCUGGAACACAGAACCCCCUCCCCAAGCCCCCCCCAGCCCAGCUUUGGGGUGACCUUAAACAUCCCAAUCCCAUUGCUGGGAUCCUGGCACUCCAGGGGCUCAGAAUUUAGGGGGAGAGAAAGGGAGAUGGAAUGAGGGGGUACAGUGGCAGAGAUGAGGAGGCAAAAAGGGACAUGGGGGGAAAUGGGGGGCAAUGGGGAGAUGGGGACACGAGAAGGGGGGGACAGUAGAGGAGAGAGGGAGUCACUCAGCGACAGCAGGCCAGGCUUGGCCCUUUCCCCAGGGAGGAUGGGAUGAGUCAGGAUGGGAUGGGUGAAAAUGACCUGCAAAGCAACGGUGCCCAAACUGGGGAAGGGGGGGUGGAUACGAGACCCCUCCUCUCACACGGCAUUUUAGGGGUGAGGGGGGGACACAAAGCUUUGGCUACUAUUCGAAGUAAGAUGGGAUCAGCCUCUCCCUGUUCCACGGGGCUCCAACUCCAAAGGAAAAAAAACACAAAAUGAACUCUACAGGGGUGUUUAACCAGCAACAAAACACAAAAUGAACUCUACAGGGGGUGCUUAACCAGCAAC